UUUAUUUAUAAAAAUGGCAAUGGAUAAUAGCAAGUUUGAAUAAAUGAGCAAAAAUUUCCCAUCUCAAUUAAAAUUCAGAUUGAAUCCUGUAUACUAUGGUGCUAGAGUGGGAAUCUAAGCUUAUUUAGGUUUGCUUGUAGGAGGAAGUCUUUUGAUUUACUUAAACACUUUCAAUGGCAUCACAUUCCCAUAUCUAUAUAAAAAAGUACAAUAUAAGAGAUGAGUAAUUAGUAAAAAGUGGAAUAUUAAGCAGUGCCUGAUUUUUAUUCAAAGCAAGUGUUAUUGUACCAAAGGACAGUCCCAAAUACUGUAACAUAAUUAUGAGAACAAUUACAUAAAUAAAUAAGAUAUGCAUAAUAAUUUC